AUGGAGAGUCGUAUACUUCUGUGCAUGGCACCAACUAAUCCCAAUGUAGCAGAACCACUUGCAACUGAUCCGCAGUUAGGUCCAAAUGUGGAGACUGAAAAUUAUUUCAAACUUUUAGAGAAUGCUCAGAGUGAAUUGUAUCCGGGUUGUCAGAAGUUCACAUCUUUGACGUUCAUUGUUCGACUUUUACAUAUGAAGGUGCUAAAUCAGUGGAGUGACACUUCUGUUACCAUGUUACUUGAGUUGUUGAAUGAAGCUUUCCCUGAGGGUGCGAAACUUCCUGAUUCUUACUAUCAAGCUCAAAAGAUCACUACAGAUUUGGGCUUCACAUAUGAAACAUGGGAUGUAUGCCCCAAUAGUUGUAUGUUGUUCCGAAAUGAAUACAUGAAUCUUGAUGAAUGUGUCAUAUGCAAAAGUUCUAGGUGGAAACAAAAUGGUGCUGAUAGUUCAAAUGUUCCUCGUGGAGGCGGUAAACAAAUAUCCUCUAAACAGAUGAGGUAUUUCCCUCUGAAGCAAAGAUUGCAGAGGUUGUAUAUGUCAUCGAAAACGGCCAAGCUCAUGAAAUGGCAUGCAGAGGAAUGGCAAGAUGAUGGUGUCUUAAGACAUCCUGCUGACUCCCUUGCAUGGAAAGAUUUUGACCGUCAAAAUACUGACUUUGCUGAUGAUUGUCGGAGUCUUUGCUAUGGACAAGUGAUUUUCCAGCAUAUGCGAACUUGUCAGGAUGGAGCACGAAAGGAGAAUAUGCAUGUCCAUGUUGCAAUAAGGAAACUAGAUCGUGAAUUGAGUCUCAAACCGAGAUUGUUAUCUGGAUCAGAGAUUUUGCUACAAGUAGAAUCUAAGGGUAUCUUAACCCAAUACAGGCUGGAUGACCUUAAAGAGAGGCAUAGGAGACAAGUGGAAAGGCAGAAAGCUGGACCUCGCACUCAUAAGAAGAAUGUGUGUGACAAUGUAUUGUGGACAAUACUGGGGGUUGCAGGAAAAUCUAAGGAUAAUGUCAAUGCUCGGCACGAUUUGCAAGAAAUGAAUAUUAGAAAACCCCUACACUUGUGGUCAAGAGGGUCGAACAAAGCUUGUUUGCCACCAGCACAAUUCACAAUGACCAAGGAUGAGAAAUAUUUGUUCUUGAAAAUGCUUAAGGACGUUAGAGUUCCUGACGGGUAUUCAUCAAAUAUCUCUCGUCGUGUACGAUUACAGGAUAGAAGCAUUUCGGGUCUAAAAAGCCACGAUAGUCAUAUUCUGAUGCAAUAA